CUAGAUAAGCGAACAUUAAAAAAAAAAAAAGCAAAUAGAAGUAAAACAAUUAUGAUGUUGCGAAAACCACGUGAUCACAGUGUGGCUCCAAUGAUUGUUCAUGUCUGCAGGGAUUCUCUUCUGUGAUCACGUAAUAACGGUCUGGUUUCGUUUACAGGUGGAUUGGUCAUGUAUGGAUUUCGGCAACCUGGUCAUUUGUUCUCGGAGGUUUUCGUUGUCGUCCAGACUUGACGACAACGUGACUGGUCUCGAUUGCGGCUGUUUCAACAUCUAUCCAUCGGCCAGUCGAUCGUGUGAACUGUCCAACCGAGUAGUGAUUGCGGAUUAGACACAGAGACUUUUGUUUUCUUUUUCUGUUUUUGGUGGAAAGUUGAUCGAGAGAGAAACGGGAAAGUUUUGCGAUACGAGAAUGCAUGCCAGGCUGGCUGAAGAGAACGAGCCGGAUCCGUUGGACGUCUUUUGCGACCUGGGCACGCUCAUAUUAGAAGCGCGAGUGCCCGGGCGCGGAGAUAGCGGGCGCGGUUACGGAGAGGGCCCCCAUUGCCCACCUUACUUCAGUCACGCCCAGCUCAGCAGCAAUACAAACAACAACAACAACAACAAUCAUCACAACAAUAAUGGAAGCCGGCCCGGCCAGCAUGUCUGCUCGCCCGACAAGCUACACUGUCAGCGAUUCCAACAUCUUCGCAAACACGCAUCCUUGCUGGGCAAGAACGGCGUGCCACUGUGCGUCGAGGUUUUGGUGGGGCCUGAAUGUUGCCACGGUUCUCAACGAGCCAAACAAGUUGAAGUAACGUGCACGCCCGAUCCAGACUUUCUCCUCCUGGAACGUUGGACCGUCACGUGCUCGCCAAAAAAAGAUGGGGAAGCAAGCAUUGCUGGCAUCUGUUUGGUCCAGGCCGUCCGCUCUUUUCUCCAUUUUUCGCAAUUGAGUGCCUGGUUGAAUAAGAGCAGCGGAUCUCGUCCCCAGCAGCUGCUCUAUCGGGUGACUAUGCCCGGCCAGGCUUUUGCCUCCAAAUUCGCAUCCAAACCAGUCGAGCAUCACUUCCCCUUGGCACACGUUGGCCGACUAGCCACACAUGCAAUCAAAGUUUCCGUCAGCUCGCUUCCUAGGACGGAUGUAAUUCCGCAUGUUCAUUGCGGCAAGUGCCGUUUUAUCACGCCCAAGCAGAAUGCGGAUGUGGGCCAGCGACAGUUGCAACCAAAACAGGACAGCAGCAGUUGUCUGGGCGAAGGUCUCCUCGAUAUGCCUCCAGCGCAAUUACGCCUCCAACGCCUCCAGCGUUCCCGUUCGCGAUCCAGUUCGCCGUCUUUCGGAUCCAUCAGACUUCUCCAUCCGGCGUACAGGGCACCACCGCAGCCGCCCUCUAAUGGCAGUACAAAGAAACUACUGGACGAUCGGAUGCGUAUCGAUUGCAACCGAAUCGGGAAACACGACUGCAAAUGUGGCAAAGAGGACGUCGACGUGGUCGAUUUGAAGUUGCCGGCGGGUCACGGUGAUCGAUGGGGCCAUGACUUGGAGCGAGGGCGACGUGGACUGGAUCGAGAACCCGGGCCGACUGAACGAGGCCGGAGUCGACGGUCUCGUAAAGACUGUUUUGCUGAUAAAUUACUUAUUGAAGCGGAGUCAAAAGAGCCGGAAAUGGCUCCAGUUCUUCAGGCAGGAAAGAAUGUGCCAACAACGGAUGACAAACUGCGUUUUCAGCGGUCGCUUAACUCUGCGGCUUCUUUGCUGUUCCAUACGACGACAUGUACCUCCGGAACUGAUUCCAAAACUCCCCGACUAGGCCAACGAUUUCCGCUCAACAAAUUCCUCCGAUCACCUCCGCUACGUAUGUCUUCGUCGCCUCUUCUUGGCAGCUUUGAGGAAUGUUUGUUAAACGGACGACUGGAACCCAUGUCAACUGUGGAAGGAUUCGGCGCUGAACUGGGCGCUAGCGGCUCGUUUUGUCCGUCUCACGAACUGCUACCCGUCAGCGUUUUCUUCUACAAUAUUGGAGGUCUUGGCGAAUCGGAUAAAUCCGCUUCUCCAUAUUUGGCCCAUUUAAAUCUAGGCGCUAAAGGAUACCAAGUGCCGAGAAGGGGAACUGUGCAGCUGACACUGUUCAAUCCACAGGGAACGGUUGUGAAGAUGUUUGUCAUUCUCUUUGACCUCACAGAAAUGCCUCCCAAUUCAGAGACAUUUCUUCGCCAGCGGACCUUUUUCAUGCCAUCACACGAGACGGAUGCAUCUCCCGUGUCCGCCAAAUGGCUCCGCUACCUCAUUCAUCUCAGGUUCCGCAGUUCAAAGUCCGGUCGAAUCCACUUGCACACUGACAUUCGUAUGAUUGUACUGCGCAAGUCGGAUGUCGACACGGCCUCGGCACAUAUUGCCGAGAGCUCUUACGAAUGGAAGUCGUUUACGCGCGGCCCGUCCAGCCCACGCUUCUCCAGCCGCUAAAAUAAUACUUCGAGAAAUAUUGUCUCCUACAAAAAAAAGAAAAAAAAAUCUAUCGCAAUUAUGUCAUGCAAAAAUUUGUCUGCAACAUUGUGUGUGUGUGUGUGUUUCGGUCAGCUGUGAUAUCUUGUCUCGGGUGGCUGCGAGACCAAAUCAGUUUUUUUUUCUUUCUCCUUCUUGUGGCUAACUGGACUCUCUUGUCUUUCACGUUGUUCCCCUGUUGUUGUAAUUAAUACCUUUCCGUCGCUCGUCAAGACGAAUUCUAUAUUUAGAGAAAAUGAAGAUUUUUAUCGUUUAUAAUGUGGAAGGGCGUGACGACGGAUCAGAAGGCAAAAAGCCUUUGUAUUCUUCUCCCCUUUCUCUCGUCUUUCUGUCUGGUGGAUGUUUCUUUUGAGUAGAAAUCGAACUAGUGUGGGGGAAAAGAGUAAGCAAUGUAGCUGUUUGGGCUAGUCACUCUUCUUUCUCUUUCCCAACUCUAUUGCGUAUGCGUCAAACCAAUCCGUUUGACUUUGAUGCAAUACGCCCUUUUUCUUUUUCUGCGCUUUCUUUUCGGUUACGUCUGAUUUUCCCCUCUACUGAAACGUGUGGGUUAUUUUACUUUUAGGAAACAAAAAAAGGAAUGUAAAAUGUGGACUAUACACACUAGACUGUUUAAACAAAAAAUUUGAUUAGACAAAUACCUGCUGAAUAUUUUCUUGCACUGACAACCCGAUCCGAAAUCUUACGAACUUCUAUUUACCUCUGGUUUCUUCAUUUGACUUGGGUGUGUAUUAGUAGUAACUGUUUCAACCUCAUAAAAUUGAUUGCGCUUCA